AUGGGGAGGAAAAGGAGUUCGGCUGUGAACACAUUGUUCACAUGGGUUCGAAGUCAAUCGACGCAGGCGAAGAUCUUCAUGGCCGUCGCCGCCAUGAUUUCUUGCCUCUUCCUUGUAAAACGUUUCGUCGCAAAUCACAAUAAUUUAUUCGUAGCUUCAGAAUCCGUACACGCGGCGGGAAUAAUCGUUCUAAUUUACAAGCUCACAACCCUAAAAUCCUGUACCGGGCUUUCGUUGCAGACACAAGAACUCACAGCCAUUGUUUUAGCUGUAAGAAUUGGUUGUUACUUUGCUAUUGGCCAUAGCAUUCAUACUGUUCUUGACGUUGCUGCAUUGGUGUCUACUAUUUUGGUCAUUUACAUGAUGCGAUUCAAAGUUAACGCAACAUACCAUCAACAUCUCGACAAAACACCAAAACGUUAUCUGAUCAUUCCUUGUGCCGUUAUGGCCUUUUCAAUUCAUCCCAACAGUGCUAUUCCCCUUGUGGCUAAAGUGGGUUGGGCAUUUGGUGUAUACUUGGAGGCAAUUGCAGUGCUUCCUCAACUUCAUAUGAUGCAAAGAACACAGAUGAUCGAACCAUUUACCGCCCAUUACGUGUUUGCACUAGGAGUGUCGAGAUUCUUUAGGGCCGCUUAUUGGAUUCUCCGGGUGUAUGAAUCCACCGAAGCAUAUUUGUUCUUACUCGGACGCGGCUAUUUUUGGGUACCGAUGGUUUUAUUAUCCGAGGCCGUUCAGUCGUUCAUCUUGGCAGAUUUCUGUUAUUAUUAUCUCAAGAGUAUCGUAAGCGGCCAUCGUUUGGUGAAACUACCGCGGGUCUGAUACCGUUAUCGG